GGCGCCGGAACGCGGAUGUUGUGCUGUGGGCAGGGCUGGCUGUGCUGGGAGCUGUCAGCAGGGCUGCUGUUACCCCCCAGGCUGGGCUGGGUGCACUCAAAUACUGCUGCUCACCUGGAGCUGGAGCAGAACGGAAACUCGGGAACCCAGCAGCACUUUGUGCAGCUGUGGGCUGACAGCGGUUGGUUCUGCUGGCUGCAGGAGGGCAGAAGUUGCCCUCUGUCUCAAGGGUGCCAGCUUGGAGGUCGAGUCUGCAGGCAGCCUGCUUCUGCCAAGUGGUACGACCGGAGGGAUUACGUCUUCGUCGAGUUCUGCGUGGAAGACAGUAAAGAUGUUAAUGUAAAUUUUGAAAAAUCCAAACUUACGUUCAGUUGUCUUGGAGGAAGUGAUAACUUUAAACAUUUAAACGAAAUCGACCUUUUUAAUAAUAUUGAUCCAAAUGAAUCAAAGCAUAAAAGAACAGACAGAUCUAUCUUGUGUUGUUUACGAAAAGGAGAAUCUGGUCAGGCAUGGCCAAGGUUAACAAAAGAGAGGGCAAAGCUCAACUGGCUCAGCGUGGAUUUCAACAACUGGAAAGACUGGGAAGAUGAUUCAGAUGAAGACAUGUCCAAUUUUGAUCGCUUUUCUGAGAUGAUGAACAACAUGGGUGGAGAUGACGAUGUAGACUUACCAGAAGUAGAUGGGGCAGAUGAUGACUCACCAGACAGUGAUGAUGAAAAAAUGCCAGAUCUGGAGUAAGGAAAACUGUCGUCUUCAGGGUUUGGGGAAAGAACUUCAUCACAUUUCAUAAUUGAGAUAAGAAUUCCUGAGUUGAUAGCCCUAAGGGGAGAUAUUGCAUCCUUUAACCCAUUUUUUUUCAGUCCAUUUUAAAUGGCUUCACUGAUGGUAGGUGUGUACCAUUGUGCGGGGCAGUCUUAAGCCACGAGAGGCAAUAAAUGACGUUAUGCAUGAAUUCCAGACUUCCAAAAACCAAUUGAGGUAUGGGCAAUCGAUCCAGAACAGUCGCAAUAAAGUUUACAGAGCCUCCUUGCCUCGUAGCAGACCUAAUAGCAGAGCAGGCUUUACGUCCUGUGCUCGAUUGGCUUUUUCCCCUCUGGCCCACGGUUAAAUCUGACUUUUGUGCCCGGAACAAAAAAAAACUUCUUGGAUUUGGCUCACCAAAAUUUGAACAAGCGCUGCGCAAUACCUCUGUGGUGUCUUCAGGUGUGUUCCACUAAUGUUUUUAUUAAAAAGGAAACAAAAUUCUCUCUGUUUGCUAUUUAAUGGUUAGUUUUGUGUGUCCCGGUGCCCACGCUGGCAGGGUGAGGCCCGAAAUCCAUCCCCCACCCCGCGGAUCCGUGGGGCCGCGUCGUUGCUUGUGGAUCUGUACGUGAGACCAAAUGUGUUUGCACUGCUGGUAUGGAAGCAAGUGACAACAUCUGUUCGACCCGACGGGGCUCUUCUGUCAGUGAGCCGCCCAGGCUGACAAACCUCAACUUCUGUUCGGAGCGGUGGGAAUUUUUUAAUGUCUGCAUUCUUUCUAAUAAACUGUUGAAGACUCC